CGAUAUCGGCGAAGAAUGACGACGAAGGACACGUCACCACACGUCUCCACACCGACGCUUUUUACGCAUGCGCGGCCAUUUGUUUCCGACCGUCUCCGUCCGUCAAGUCAAGUCGCGAUCCUCGUGGCCGAACGGGUUGUCCGGUUGUCUUUGUGGCUGUUACCGAAAAUGUCAGGAAAGUCCAAGGCAUUUACCAAAGAGGAGGAGCUGCUGCUGCAGGACUUCUCCAGGAACGUGUCGACGAAAUCCUCGGCACUGUUCUACGGCAAUGCUUUCAUCGUUUCGGCGAUACCGAUUUGGUUGUUUUGGAGAAUACAUUUGAUCGAUCUAUACUCCAACUUGAUCUCUUUCGUACUGGUUACGUUGGCGAGCACAUAUGCCCUUGCCUUGGCAUAUAAAAAUACAAAGUUCAUCCUCAAACACAAGAUUGCUGUAAAAAGGGAAGAUGCUGUAACUAAGGAAAUAAGUCGCAAACUUGCGGAAGAUAAGAAGAUGAGCAAGAAAGAAAAGGACGAAAGGAUCUUAUGGAAGAAGAAUGAAGUGGCGGAUUAUGAAGCAACAACAUUCUCCAUUUUCUACAAUAACGCCCUUUUCCUGGCAUUCGUCAUCGUAUCUUCGUUUUACGUUUUAAAAACAUUCACGCCUGCAGUAAACUAUAUACUCUCCGUAGGCGCUACCAGCGCUUUCCUGGCAUUAUUCUCAACGGGAUCCCAAUAAUAUACGAGCCCAUGUACUCUGUUAACUAAUUUCAUAAGAGACCUCCAUCUGUUCGAUUUGUCUUUUGAUAUGGAACAAUAUCAUAGGUAAUAAACACAUUUCUAUUUAUAAUAAAA